GAAGCUUUCAAAUUGUUUACAGUACAAGACUGAAAAUAUUUCUUUUUGUACUUAAUUAAUUAAUAUUCCUUUAUUACAAUAACUUGAGAAGACUGAUUAAUGGAUGUGAAGAACUUGGAACCCUAUGCUAUAAUAGGUUUUGAUGGUUCAGCAAUUAAAGGCUUAAAAAUCCACCCAGAUGGCGAAUACAUCGUGUACCCGAUGGGUAACAAGGUCUGUGUUCAAGAGUGGAAGACCAAGAAGAUGUGCUUCCUCAGCGGCCAUACCAACAGUGUAUCAACCGUAGCCGUGUCUCCCAAGGGCACAUUUGUAGGCUCUGGCCAGAUUAACCACAUCGGCUUCAAAGCUUCGGCGAAAGUGUGGGAUUUUAAAAAGAAAACUUGUAUCGGCAGCCAUGAGUUACACAAGGUGCGUGUAGAAGCCCUAGCGUUUUCAUCAGACGAGCGCUACAUGGUAUCGCUGGGCGGGCGCGACGACGGCUGCGUGGUGCUGUGGGACUGCAGCGCGGGCUCCGCCACCGGCACCGCCGCCGCGGCGCGCCAGACCACCGGCGACGCCAUGACGCUGACGCCGCUCAGCCUGAGGGGCAACUCCUUCGUCACUGGCGGCGACUCGAACCUUCGCGUGUGGAACAUUCGGGCGGAGAGCAAAAACCUCGACGUAGUGGACGUCACGCUCGGCAAGCUGCGGCGCUGCGUGCGCUGCAUAGCGGUCAGCAGGGACGAUGCGUUUGGCUACGCUGGUACCACUUCGGGCGACAUGAUAAAGUUUUCUAUCAACUACCCGUCGGACCCUAAUGCCAGUGUGGCGAACUGUAAGCCCGCGCUGCUUGGCUGUCUCGCCAAGUGCGGGCCCUGGAGGAAAGGAAAACGCCCUGACUCCGUCUGUUACAGCCAAGGUAUAGAAGCUAUACUUAUAAUGUCAGACGGUUGUUUGAUCGUGGGCGCUGGGGACGGCACGGUGGACAUCUUGGACGAAAUCAACUGGAAGGGGGAGUUUCCCAAGGGCAAGAUAUUGGAUCCGAAUAGACCACAUUUUAGAGCGUUAAAAAGCACUAAACUAAUGGGCAGUAUAACCUCAUUGGAGCUCAUGGUGUCGCCCGCACUGCAAGGCGAUAAGAGGCUGCUCUUAGCCGGCACGCGCACCAGCGAGAUAUACGCCAUCAAUGUAGCAACGUUCGACCCCAUACUUGUGGUCACUUGCCACCGCUGCGCCAUUAACGAUAUCGCUUUCCCGAGAGGUAUGUCAGGAGUUUUCGCGACGGCGGGCGGCGGCGACGUGCGAGUGUGGUGCGUGGAAACUGCUCAGGAGCUGUUACGGAUCGUGGUGCCCAACUUUUCCUGCUCGGCAGUAUUGUUUUCGGCCGAUGGGAAGUCUAUUGUCUCUGGUUGGAACGACGGAAACAUUCGCGCCUUCACCCCUCUCACGGGUCGACUGAUAUACUGCAUCUACAACACGCACAAUAAGGGCACUUCUGCACUCGACAUGACUAAAGACGGACGUACGCUCAUAUCGGGAGGAUGUGAAGGACAGGUCCGCGUGUGGGACAUAAAGCCGCAGUGUCAGAGCCUGAAGAAAGUCCUGAAGGAGCACAAGAGCCCAGUCUCCGCCAUACAAGUGUCGCCCAACGACACUGAGGCGGUCAGCGCGGGGACUGACGGCUCUUGUAUCAUAUGGGAUUUGAUUUCGCUGUCCCGGCGUCAAGUGAUGUACGCAAACACGCUGUUCAUGUGCGUGUGUUUCGAGCCGCUCGGCUGCCAGCUGCUCACGGGCGGCACCGACCGACGCGUCGCCUACUGGGAGGCGGGCAGCGGGAAUCUCGCUAGAGAGCUAGAAGCCAGCAAACUAGGAGCGAUAAACGGUCUCCAUAUAACGCAAGACGGACGGCUCUUUGUAACUGGGGGCAACGAUCAGAUGGUUAAGCUAUGGAAGUACCAGGAAGGCAUAUACACGCACAUGGGUCUCGGGCACGCGGGCGCGGUGACGUGCGUGCGGUUCAGCCCUAACGCCAAGCACAUUGUCAGCAGCUGCGCCGCGGGCUCCAUCAUCAUAUGGAAGAUGCCAGAGAUGUAUCUGCAAAGUGACCAGCCGCCUUCAGGGCGCAAAAGCGUAGCGGAAUCGCCUAAAACAUUGCAAGAGGAACUGAGGCUGCCACUGGACGACAAGGCGACGCAGAAGGCGGGCGGGGACAGGCCUAACAAGUUACCUGCCGCGCCUUCUAAGGUGGAAAAAAUAGAAGCCAUGGAUACAACGCGUAGCAGCGUCCACUCCUGCUGUCCCUGCGACUCCGCCAAGUCCAAACAAUCCGACAGCUCCAAGAAGAGCACGCACAAAACCGGCGCAGGUGCCAAAUGCUGCAGACCACCAGAUAAUCUACCUACAAGGACAACAAGCAAGGACUUCAUCAACAGCAGUGGUGACAAGAAGUAACAUUGUCCUCCAACAAGCACAAGAAGUCAAUAAUAAUAAUAAAUAAUUAUUGGGAUGGUGCCUAUGUCAAAAAUAAAUUAAGAUCAGUAAAUACUCAUAAAUUAUUUCUUAGUAAUUAUUAAAUAGUCUUCCAAAAUUCGUAAAAUCCACGUCCUCUGUUAGUUUUAAGUUUGCCAACCAUUUUAAGAUAUCGAAUUGACUAAAAA